AUGCCUCCUCGCAGAAGGCCCCAGCCCUCUGCGGCUAGUCAGCGACGUCCUUCAGAGGCUGGCGCCCAAUCCUCCACAGAUCCUACGAAGCGGAAGCGUCCCUCUCAAUCCAACCCUGUGCCUGAGACUCACCAGCACACUGCGCCUGAGCAGUCCGCUCAAGAUGACCCCAAUGCCCCGAAGUUCAAGCCGCGCGAUCCCUUUGAUGCCCUUUUGGAGCCCUUCUACUACAACAAGGGACUGACGGACCCAAUUGAUACCGCAAAGGACAAAUGGAACCUGCUGCCGGCCUUCCUCAAGGUCAAGGGACUGGUGAAGCAGCACAUCGACUCAUACAACUACUUUGUCGAAGUGCAAAUGAAGAAGAUUGUUGAGUCGAGCUCUACCAUUCGCAGUGACGUGGACCACAACUUCUAUAUCAAAUUCACCGACGUUUAUGUCGCCUCACCUCGACGCGCCGACGAGCAAGCCGAUGGCGGAUUUGACUUUGAGUCAACGAUCACACCCCAAGAAUGCAGGCUGCGAGACACUACAUAUGCUGCGCCUAUUCUUGUCGACUUCGAAUAUGUUCGUGGCCGACAGAGGGUUAUUCGACGAGGUGUUGCCAUCGGAAGAAUUCCUCUCAUGCUCCGCAGCUCCAAGUGUGUGCUAUCAAACAAGACACCCGCUCAGAUGAGCGUACUCAAUGAGUGCCCUCUUGACCCCGGUGGCUACUUCGUCGUCAACGGAACGGAAAAGGUCAUUCUUGUACAAGAGCAGUUGAGCAAGAACAGAAUUAUCGUUGAAACCGAUCCGAAGAAAGAGAUUGUUCAGGCAUCAGUUACCAGUUCUUCUAACGAGCGCAAAUCCAAGAGUUAUAUCGUCUUGAAGAAAGAACGUUUAUAUGUUAAGCACAACGUGCUUAAUGAAGACAUUCCCAUCGCGGUCUUGCUCAAGGCCAUGGGAAUCCACACCGACAAGGAAAUGCUGGAAAUGGUCACCGGUGACGAUCAGCAGUACCAGGAUGACUUCGCGAUUAACUUUGAAGAAGCUAUCAAUGUUGGCGUUUGCACUCAGCAGCAGGCUCUGGAGUGGAUCGGUUGUCGAAUCAAGAUCAACCGCAAGCAGGCAACCUACCGCAAGACGCACGUCCAAGAAGCUGUCGAAGCUAUCGCGUCCGUUAUCAUCUCCCACAUUGAAGUCAAGGAUAUGAACUUCCGGCCUAAGGCUAUUUACGUUGCUCAUAUGGCUCGCCGUGUUCUCAUGGCCAAGAACGAUGCGGCCCUGGUCGAUGACCGUGAUUACCUGGGAAACAAGCGUUUGGAAUUGGCAGGCCAGAUGCUGGCUCUACUCUUCGAGGAUUUGUUCAAGAAAUUCUGCUUCGACAUUAAGAUGAACAUCGACAAAGUUCUGAACAAGCGCAAUCGAGCUGAAAAGUUCGAUGCUUAUACUAUUGUGUCUAUGCACGGAAAUCAUAUUACCCAGGGUAUGAACCGAGCAAUUUCCACUGGAAACUGGAGCUUGAAGCGUUUCCGUAUGGAGCGUGCAGGUGUCACCCACGUGUUGAGUCGCUUGAGUUACAUUGCAGCGCUUGGUAUGAUGACCCGUAUCAGUUCGCAGUUCGAAAAGACAAGAAAAGUUUCUGGUCCUCGUGCUUUGCAGCCAUCUAAUUUCGGUAUGCUGUGCCCUGCCGAUACACCCGAAGGUGAAGCCUGUGGUCUGGUCAAAAAUUUGGCUCUCAUGACACAUAUCACAACCAACGAUGAAGAAGGACCAGUGCGAAACCUGAUGUUCAUGCUGGGCAUUGAAGAAAUCUCCAGUGUUGGUGGAAAACAACUUUACACUCGUGGAGCCUACACUAUCUCCAUCAACGGUACACCGACUGGAUUGACGAGACGUCCCAAGUCUUUCCUCAACGCUUUCCGAAGGCUGCGUCGUAUGGGACGAGUCUCCGAGUUCGUCAGUAUCUACAUCAAUCACCACCAGCGAGCCGUUCACGUCGCGACCGAUGAUGGCCGAAUCUGCAGACCGUUGAUCAUCGUUGAGAAUAGUAAGCCACUUGUCACAGCCGCCCACCUCGAGAAGCUGCGUGAUGGAAAGAUGGAGUUCGAUGACUUCCUGGCUCAAGGUCUUGUGGAAUAUCUUGAUGUAAACGAAGAGAACGACUCCUACAUCGCAAUUUACGAGAAGGACAUCUCUAACACGCACACACAUCUUGAAAUUGAGCCUUUCACAGUCCUUGGUGCUGUCGCAGGCCUCAUUCCCUACCCUCACCACAACCAAUCUCCCCGUAACACAUAUCAAUGUGCUAUGGGUAAGCAAGCUAUUGGCGCAAUUGCUUCCAAUCAGUUCCAGAGAAUUGAUUCCAUUCUCUAUCUCAUGGUCUACCCCCAGAAGCCAAUGGUCAAGUCCCGAACCAUUGAAUUGACAAAGUACGACCAACUGCCUGCGGGUCAGAACGCAACCGUUGCAGUCAUGAGUUACUCCGGUUAUGAUAUUGAGGAUGCUCUGGUCUUGAAUAAGGGCUCCGUGGACCGUGGCUUCGGACGUUGCCAGGUCUUCCGCAAGUACGUCACUACCCUGAAGUCUUAUCCCAGCGGAGCAAAGGAUGUACUGCAGGGCCCCGAAUACGAAAACGAUGCUCCCAUCCGCAAGCACGCAAUUCUCGAGUCUGAUGGCCUGGCCGCGGUCGGCGAGUUGAUGAGCUCCGGCGAAACCUACAUUCGGAAGGCCUCCCCCAGAGUUCAGAACUCAUCUGGCAUCCCGGGUGGUGAUAUGGGCGGCGGUGGAACCAUUGAUGCCUCUAUGACAUAUAAGCUUCCCGACCCUGCAUACGUAGACAAGGUUCUUGUCUCGGCCACAGAGGGUGAGACUCAACUGAUUAAGGUUCUGACCCGACAAACACGUCGCCCAGAAGUCGGUGACAAGUUCUCCUCCCGUCACGGACAGAAGGGUGUUGUGGGUAUUAUUGCGGAUCAAGCCGACAUGCCAUUCUCGGACUCUGGAAUCAACCCUGAUAUUAUCAUGAACCCCCACGGUUUCCCCUCUCGAAUGACAGUCGGAAAAAUGUUGGAGCUUGUCGCCGGAAAGGCGGGUGUUCUUUCUGGCCAGCACGGCUAUGGUACCUGUUUCGGUGGCAGUCCCGUCGAAGAGAUGUCUCAGAUCCUCAUUGACAAGGGCUUCAGCUACGGCGGAAAAGACUACCUCACUUCCGGUAUCACCGGUGAGGCGCUCCCUUUCUACGUCUUCACUGGACCUAUCUACUACCAAAAGUUGAAGCACAUGGUUCAAGAUAAGAUGCACUCCCGUGCAAAGGGUCCAACUGCUACCUUAACCCGUCAACCCACGGAAGGUCGUUCUCGCAACGGAGGUUUGCGUCUCGGAGAGAUGGAGCGUGAUUGUUUGAUUGCGUACGGUACCAGUCAGUUGCUACUUGAGCGUCUGAUGAUUUCCUCUGAUCGCCACGAGGUGGAUGUUUGCGAGCAGUGCGGUUUCAUGGGGUACCUGAACUGGUGUCCUGGAUGCAAGUCUUCGCGCUCUGUUGUCAAAAUGGUCAUUCCUUACGCAGCCAAGCUUCUCAUUCAAGAAAUGAUGAGUAUGAACGUCACGGCUCGUUUGAAGCUCGACGACGAAUUCCCUGAGAUGAAGGGUCGUUGA